AUGAAGCAGGUCAGCGCCCUGGUGCCCGCGACGCGGCGGAUCCUGGUGCCGCAGAUCCCUGCGCUCCUCGACGAGCGGGGCGCGGCGUAUUUCCGGCGGACGCGGGAGGAGAUGUUCGGGGUGACGCUGGAGGCGAUGGCGGGGGAUAAGCGCGGAGUGGAGCAGGCGUGGGAGAGCGUGGAGGCGGAUGUGGAGGUUGCGCGGCAGAUGUUGUUGAGGGGCCGCGAGGGGCCGCGGGGGGGGCCGUUCUUCGAGGGCGCGGAGGCCGGUGGAUUACGAUACGCAGAGGAAGAAUUUAGCUACACAGACAACAAGGCCUGGGAAACGUGGUGA